CCGAACGCAAGGCACAUUUUGUAAAAAAAAGAAGAAGAAAAAUACAAUCGACAUGACAUAACCACAAACAAAUAUCUACCACUCGAUUUCAAAAGUGUACACAGUUUUUUUCUAUUUUCUUCUAUAAUUUCAACAAAGAAAUGGGCAAGACAAAAAAAACUCGUAAAAUCGCCGUAAACCGAUUCGCCAAAAUGAAGAAAAUGAUUAGCCCGAGCGACCCCAGAAUCAAAGCGUCGCUGAGGGCGCCCCCGAAACGUAAAAAACCCGAAGACCCUCAUCAAAUCAAAGUGCACGAAGCCCCGCAAGCCAGCUCGGCUUUGUUUUUCCAAUACAACACCCAAUUGGGACCGCCUUACCACAUUUUAAUCGACACCAACUUUGUUAACUUUGCCAUUAAAAACAAACUAGAUAUAAUACAAAACAUGAUGGACUGCCUUUACGCUAAAUGCAUACCAUACAUAACAGAUUGUGUCCUGGCUGAAUUGGAAAAAUUAGGACAAAAGUACAAAGUGGCUUUGAGAAUAAUAAAGGAUCCUAGAUUUGAAAGGAUCCAUUGUAUGCACAAAGGGACAUAUGCUGACGAUUGUUUAGUUCAAAGGGUCACUCAACAUAAAUGCUAUAUUGUUGCAACAAACGAUAAGGACCUCAAAAGGAGGAUAAGGAAAAUACCUGGGGUGCCAAUAAUGUAUAUUUCCCAACACAAGUUUACUAUUGAGAGGAUGCCCGAUGCUUAUGGGGCACCUAAAACAUAGUAGAAUACAAAUGUAAUAAAAACUUGAUAUAUUUGGAUUUUUUUAUUACGUACACAACUACAGUUUGAACUGAACAUGCAUUAAUAUUUCCCAACUCCUUUCCUUUUAAUUUUCUUAUUGAGCAUCUGCAGUGACGUCACUAGAAAAAGCCUUGCUUUUUUUCAUUCGGUGGGUAUUAUUGCCUAUCUUUAUUUGUAACAUACAAAAUAACAAAGACAAAUUGAUCGAUGGACGGAAGAAGGAGAGCAAAGAAGUUGUUUACUGACAACAAGACAAAAACAUAACCUCAAAAAUAUUUGUUAUCUUUUAUCAAAAACAUUACUUUUCCACUUUACUUCCAAGUAAAAAAAUAUGCCAGCAUAAGCAAAAUAAUAUUGUUCCAUAAAAUCCAAGAAAAAACAUGGACCUACAAUAUUGGUUAUUUGUAGGCUCGGCCUUAGGAUUUUCUUUAGUGCUAGCGUUUUGUAUUAUAGUGAAGUCAAUUUCACAAGCAUACCAUAUAGUGUAUAGAUCGAAAAAAGAAUUACACUUUUAUGACCCUGUCAACGGCGAAGAAAUAAAAUUUCCCAGUAUUAAUGAUAAUCCCAGUGUUAAUUUGAGUAUAGUUGUUCCUGCUUAUAAUGAAGAAAAGAGGCUUCCUCCCAUGUUGGAUGAAUGUUUGGAAUUUCUGGAAACCAGACAAAAAAAACUUCCCAGUUUCACUUACGAAGUUAUAGUAGUCAGUGAUGGAAGUACUGAUGCUACAGUAAAUGAAGCAUUAAACUACAGCAAGAAAUAUGGCAUUGAAAAAGUAAGGGUGCUAGAGCUGGAACGAAAUAGAGGCAAAGGGGGCGCUGUCAGAUUAGGCAUGCUGAGUACUAGAGGAGCCUUAUUGCUUUUCGCUGAUGCCGAUGGCGCUACCAAGUUUGCAGACUUAAUUAAGCUGGAAGAGAGUAUUGAAAACUUGAUUUCAACUAAUUAUUUAUCUGAGUCUUCAAAAGCAUCUGAUUUAUUAGCAAUCACUGUAGGUUCAAGAUCCCACUUAGAAGAAGAAGCUGUUGCAAGCAGAACCUUUUUCAGAACAAUUUUAAUGUACGGAUUUCAUUUUUUGGUUUGGUUAUUUGCGGUGAGAGGCAUCAAGGACACACAAUGUGGCUUCAAAUUGCUGACCAGAAAGGCUGCUAGAUUGUGUUUUGAUAGUAUGCAUGUAGAAAGAUGGGCGUUCGAUGUUGAACUGCUUUAUAUAGCACAAAAGUUGAAAAUUCCUAUUUCUGAGGUGGCUGUUAGGUGGACGGAAAUCGACGGUUCGAAAGUGACUCCGGUUUGGAGCUGGUUACAAAUGGGCAUGGAUUUGGUUUUGAUUUGGCUAAGGUAUACCAUAGGGGCUUGGAAAAUUAAGGAGAGCAACAAAAACGAGUGAUUUAUUUACUUGAAUAACAGCUUAUAUUAGUAAAAGAAAACAAUUAUAUGAUUAUAAGUUUUAAACAUAAUAUAUUUGUAUUAUUGUGCCUAAAUUUGUUUGUUUUUUAAAAUUUUUAUUUGUGUCCUAAUGAGGGGUCAACCACCCACGAAAAAAACGUACAGUGAUUUCCAGUUUCUUGGAGUACCUUAUGAUAAGAUCAAACAAAUAUGAUGUGAAAAGCAAAGGGCCUUAUUAUCAAACCCUGGACAACUCCGCUAUUAACAAGAUGUUGAUUUGGCCAUUGAUACAAUCUCUCUUGCUGGUCUAUUACUACAAUGGGACCUCUCCAAAGUGUUUCAACUUUUCUAGAAGUAGUGUGACGAUCCAGGUGGUGAAUAUUGUAGAUAUGAAUUUAUGAUUUUUAACUUAAAAAAAUACAAUAUUCUGGCGAGAAAUACAAUAUUCUUUCAUUAGAAUUAUUGCCACGAUUUUUUUAACACUUUGUCAUGCUGAAGCGAAGUAUUAAAGGUGUUUCCAAAACGAUUACCUCUUUAGACGUGGUGAGAAUAACUGUUUACAAUAAUGGAAAUUAUUACGGGUAUGUCAUAAAAGGAAAGAAAAAUGCAUCAAUACAGAAUUAGACAAGUAGAUUAUCUGGGACUCUGUCAAAUGCUUCCUCAUAAUCGAGAUAGAUGACAUCUGUGAGCUGAAAAUUAUCAUGGUUGUCUGUCCAGUCUUGAAGACAUUCAAGUAAAUUUGUUGUUGUAGAACGUUUAGAGAGAAAUUUGUGUUGUGGUAUGAGAUUUUUCCCAAAGAAAAACGACAGAACUUAUAUGGAAGAUAUUUAUUUUGUGAAGGACUAAAAAUUUAGAAAACACUUAAACAGUAGGAGCAGGAGGUAAAAUCACUCUAUUCAUGAAAAAAAUGAAAACCCUGUAAAAAAAAUAUAUUAAACCUCAAAACAAGAUGGGAGUUAAUGAUUUCAUAGAAAACUUCAAUGUCUUGAAAUUAGCAAGUUGAGAAAAUAAAACAAACAGUGCAAUUACAUGAAUGUUUAAUUAGCUGACUAAAACUAAAUGUGAUAUAAUAAUAUAUGCGUGUAUAUAAUAUAUAAAAAAAUCUUAAUUUUAAUGUGAAAAAGUUAACUCACAAAUUUUCAGUCUCUUACAGAGCACUGAUAAACAAGUUAAGUUAACUUUCCAAUGUUGUUUCCAUACCCACUAAUAUAACUAACUAAAACUAAAAAAAGAAAAACGCUUAAAAUAUCUUUCCUUAAAGAUUACUUUCUAUCAAUCUUAUAUUAAAAAAAAUCAUUAAUUGAUAAGGCCCUUGGCUUUGAAGAGAUCGCGCAUAAGUCCCUUCAAGUACUUGAUUUCCCUUUGCAAAUCAGUAAUUUGAUUACUCAAUUCACCAUGUAUGUCAAGCAAACCUUUUUCUUCGGUCAAAAUAAUUUCAACUUCGGCCUUUUUCUUCAAACGAUAACGAGUAGCGGCAUUUUUGUUUUGCUCUUUUUUACGAUUUUUCUUGUCAUCAGGGGAAUAUGGUUUGUUGCUGCUACGUUUACGUCCUUUUUUGGUUUGUUUUUGAUUGAAUGAAGCGUCGCCGUUGUCAGUCGACUCCGGGAUCCAUUCAGUAUCAUCUGAAGAUGAAGAAUAAUCACCAAAAUUACUACUCUGGCUGCUGCUCGUCGGCGAAGAAGAGCCGCUGCUGCUCCAUUGCAUAUCCUCAACAGUUGAACGCACGAUUUCGUCGACAACAGCCAAUUCGCGUGCGAUAUCUGGUUGAGGCGUUGAAGCAUAAUUGUACAGAAGAAACUAUGGCCGAUGGAGCUCCUGGUUCUAAAGUGGUGAUAACCACUGCUGGUGGACUUUGCGGCGGUGUUAAAGUAACCGCGUGGUUCAACUCGAAAUAGACAUUUUCUAAAUCGUUGAAGACAUAAGUGGGUUCUUCAGCUGGAAGUUCGUAAUAUUCGGGCUUGAUUGGUACCGCCACUGCACCGUGAGGCGGUUCCAUGUCGUCCAGCAGGGGGAGCAUUUUUUCGUCAAGGAGAAAUGACGAUUCUGCAAAAAAAAAAAUACUAUUUAAUUGCAGUUUGAUAAUUGCCAUAUUUGGGUGCAAAAAAUAAUUAAAUAUUCCAACGUCCUACACGAGUCAGUGAUUGCCACACCCAGCCUGCAUUGGUAACUUUCACAGUAGGACAUUUUCAUAUUUAAUAGUUCUUUUUGUUAAAUUUUCCUGCAAUUAUUAUUAAUAUAGUGAAAAAAUGGUUUACAAGGAUGUGGAACGAUUUCUAAAAUCUUGUAAUGGUUGUAGAUGAAAGUGACUUUAAAUUUGCAUUUACAUCCCAAGUAGUAGCUUGUUUUUAAGUUAUUUUGCAUCUUCUGGGUGAAUUAAUUCAUUUGUUUGAUAGUUUAUUUUAGGCGAUCAACGAAGAAAUUUUCUGUGAAGCAAAGAAUGAGUCAAGAAAUUCGAAUCAGUAUCAAAUCUAGAAAGUAAAGACUGAGUACAUUCUAAGAGUCUAAUACUUAGGUUCUAGGUCAAAAUCUGGGUACAUUCUAGGAGUAUCUAGUAAAAGAACCUGAUUCUACUAGAAGUUCAAGAAUAUUUUGAGAUGUUCGAAGCUUUUAUCGCAGAUCUGGUAUAUAAGUUUUUCCAGUAAUAAGUAAUCAAGAAUUCCAAUGAGUAAUCAAGUUCAAUUGAUAGACCUUCUAGGAAGUAAAGACUAACUAUGCUAGGAUAUAGAAAUUGAAGUCCAUUGCAAAUCAUUUAUGUAAGCUCUCCAGGAUGAAUCAAGAAAUUCGAACCACAAUCAAAUUUGAAUAUGUAGAUAAUGUAAAUUAUUAAGUCAAUUCUCAAAUCACCCUAUCAAUAAGAUUAAUCUGCUUAAGUAACUUGACCAGCCUUGAUAGAAUUUUUCCAGAAAAACAUUUACACCUUAUGGGUGGGGCCUAUAGAUAUUAGAUCAAAGAAAAACAAAUCAAUUAUCGCACAUUAUUUAUGUAUAUAUAUUAUAAAUAAAUCAAUUUAUCCCAUUUUAAUGAAUAAUUUAUUUGUUUAUGACAAUGGGACGAUAAGCAAAACGCCUGGCAACAAAACAAUAAAAUAUAGAAUUUAUUUGUCCACUACGGGGAGUUUAAUAAAGAAAUUAACUAAAAAACUAAAGCUCCUUCUGUCACCGUUCUAUUCACGAGGCCGUCUACUGUUAGAUAGUAAAACUUCUAAUUAGGCCUGCCUGUGCUUUAAAUAAAACAGCAAAGAUUUUGUAACAAACAACCUGACCCAAGUUGAAUGCAUUUUUAAUGGCUUGCACAAAUAGUUGAUAGUAUUUAUGUAUGUAUUUUGGUCGAUAGAGCAGAACAGCUGCACAUAUCAGUAUUAUUUAUAUUUUGAUAGGCUUUGCAACUUGGUAACAACUAUCAGAUAUCUUUGGACUGUGCCCUAUGUCUUUAUUGAUUUUACAACAAUGUAAAGUUUUUCUGAAAUCAUUAUGUUAAAGAAGAAGUUUACGAAAAAAAGACUGAAAUUAAUUUGGCCACAUGUUAAUUUUUUUUUCCUGCGAUUUAAAUUUCGAAAAGUGUUUUGAGUUUAUUACUGGUAUUUCAGUUCAAAAUAAUGUGCAACCUUAAUAUUAAAAUAUGGAUACACUGAUUCUUGCAUUUGAAAAUUGUGCAAAACGUAUUAAAUCAUUGGAACAAGUCCAAAUGACGAACCGAAUCUAUAUAAAGAAAGCGUAUUUGUAAUUGUAAAUAUUGGCCAAAGGCAUUCACAGUGAUGACAGCCGAAAUUGAACAUGGGAGAAUUGUUGGAAGAGCUCAAAAGAAAUUCAGAAGAUUACUUGAUGAGGAAGAAAAAUAUGGAAGAUUUUUAUAUUCAGAAGUGGAUGAAGAAGAAGAAACUUCACAGUAGUUGCAAUUUGCAAGUAUUAUGGACAUUUUCAUGAAAAAGGGUUGUUGAAGAGCAAAACCACCAGGGAAUUUUGAAAGAAGUUGGAUGAAUAAAAGUCAUCAUCAGACGUUAUGGUUUUUUCUUCUAUUAAAAUAGACUCGAGGGGUAAACCGCAAGGGAAACUUGGUGUACAAAUUAGGGGAAAUCAAGAAACAAUCUGAAAAAUCUAAGGCAAUCAGGGAAAAUUAUAAGGAAAUCAAGGGAAAUCUUAAGGAUCUCGGGAGAAAUCAGUAAAUCUAUAGAUGUAAC